AUGCUGCUCUGGUCAAGCCUAUUGCCCAUAUUGACACUGGUGAAAGCUACAAGCACAUAUGACGAGUCAUUCCACGAGAGCUUGACCCUACAUCCCCUACCAGAUGGUCGCCUCAGCGUGCUCUUCGAAUUCACCACUCUAUUCUCUUCGACCAGCUCUUCACGGCGUAGCUCAACCCCCGUAGCUCAGUCACAUCACUCGCUCACGCCGCCGAGCUUGCUCCUACCGCUUGAGCACAACCGAGUCUCUGAAUUGACCAUUUCAUUCGUGUCAGGAAGAUGGGAUCAGAGACGCACAGGAGAGGCGGGGCCACUACACCAUGAGUCAGGAGGAGGCGGAGGUGAAGUGAGAGGGUGGCUACGAAAUAAUCAGAAUGGCAAACCCGAUUUUGAGGCAUGGACCAGGGUAACGCAUGCUCUUGGAGGUCUCUUCUGCGCCGGACUAGGCCCCUCGGAGGACGGAGACAGCGUCAAUACAUUUGGCCAUAUCUAUCCUGCCCAUGUCUCGCAGACCAACACGAGCCACUUCUUCCUGCCUCAACCUACCCUUCACCUUUGUACCGAGAACCUCACACCUUUUCUGACUCUCCUCCCUUCGAAGGGACUCUCAGGGCUUUCUCUCUUACUCGCUCGCCCGGAUCUGGUCUUUGCUUGGGGUUUCCAAUCCGAAGGUAUAGAAGUGAUCAUGCCAUCUGCGGAAUCGCCUCAAGGCAGAUGGCGCGGAUGGUGGGAGGGAAUAGUGGAUCUCGUCCCGCCGAAAGGAGGUGAUCGAAGCUUCUCACUGAAUUCGCUGUUUAAGAAGAAUGUCCCUCGAGCGUUUCCGAUGGCGGACUCGAGUGUGCUCAAGGUGAUCCUUCCUGAGCAAGAAGGAUUCAGAAUGAACAAUGUGCCAUCAAAGACCGAGACAAAAUGGAUCGACGGGAGACUGCGCAAUGUUGCAAAUUGGGAUCUCUCUCAUGGUGACAUGGCGGGUAAGGACAUUAGCUUCUGGUGGGAUGGAGAAGGCGAUUUCAGACAUCCUCGUUCAUUCACACCACCGACGGUCACACUUUUCCGGACCGUCAUUGAGCCCUUUGCUUCCGACGGCACCUUCUCCAUCCUCAUUCACAAUACGGGAGACGAGACUCGGCAAGCCGUCUACAGCGAAGCUUGGCCAUGGUGGCUCCAAGCUUGGACACAUGAGAUCUCCAUUGCCCAGGACAAGGUUCCUAGUCCUCUACUCAUCACGAGCAUGUUUUACGAACCUUCAACGCCCCCGACAGCAUCGAUCACGACACUGCAUCUCGGUAUCACCAUACCGGCUCGCUCGACUUUACAGCUCAAAAUUCCGUUCACGAAACUCACCCUCAAGUAUACAGAACAUCGACCCGACGCCGAACGAGGCAGAGAAAUUCCUUCGGGGAUGUUGACGUUUCUGGACCUAGAAGAUUCGGAUGACUGCCAGGUGGAGGUCUCUGUGCGGAAAACGAGUAGCGACACACUCAAUCGAUCUCGGUGCUCUCGUCGAGAGCAUCUUUACACUAGCCGAAGAUUGGUCGACUUGCCGACACCCGACUUUUCAAUGCCCUACAAUGUCAUCAUCAUGACUUCGACCGUGAUGGCCGUCUUCUUCGGAUUGAUGCAUGGCGCAUUGACUAGACGAUGGGGUUAUGUAGACAUCGAGGUCGAGCUGGAUGAGACAGACGGAGCAGUGGCCUCGAACGCCACUAAGCACACCUCAAGCAAGGUGGAAUGA